AUGUGUACGAUUCACAUGGAAUAUUUGGGUAAUAUACGAUUAGAUAUACAAUCUGUGCGUAAAGCAAUGUACGAUAAGCGACGUAAAAUGUAUCCUGCUUUUCCCACAUCAUUCAACGAAGCAAUUUCUCAACUGAAACUGGUGGAAAAUGAUUUUUGUUUAUUUAACGGAGAUCAAUUUGUUUUUGUUCCGGAAAAUGGUGAAUUUGUUUGUAUAACUACAAAAGAAAAUUUAAAAUUUAUGACAACACAAAAUGAGUUUUUUGGAGAUGGUACAUUUGAUUACGCACCAAAAUUUUUUUUACAACUUUAUACCAUACAUUCUCACACAAAUGGUUUUUAUGUGCCUAUCGUAUAUUUUUUUCUUACAAACAAAACAAAAGAAACUUAUUUGAAUAUGUGGAAAUAUCUUUCGGAACUAUGUCAACAAUUUUUUUCUUCAACUUUCGAUGUUCAAAAACUACAUUUUGAUUUUGAAUCUGGAGCUCAUGAAGCUGCCAAAGAAAUAUUUCCAAAUGUGAUAAUUGUAACAUGCCGUUUUCAUUUAGGUCAAGCUUGGUGGAGAAAGAUUAAUGAAGAUUCAAAUUUGAGAAAUGCAUACAAAGAAAAAAACAAUGAAUUAGGUCAAUGGCUAAAAUUAUUUUUCGGCUUACCUUUUUUACCCAGUGACGAAAUUGAAGAUGCAUUUUUAGCAUUAAUAGCCGAAUGCCCUAACCUAGAAGAAGCUCAUGUAUUUACAGACUAUUUAGUAUCAACAUAUAUUGCACCUGAUUCAUUAUUUCCACCAUAUCUUUGGGCACAAGAACCCUCAGUAAAUCCAAGAACUACUAAUGGUCCAGAGAGUUUUCAUAGGACGUACAAUGGUCAGUUUUAUAGCCCCCAUCCUCCAACACACGUAGUUAUAUCAGUUUUAAAAGAAACACAAGCUCAAACUUUGACAAUAAUUAAUUCAAUUAAAAACAAUUUUCUAACGUAA